UGACUGCCGGACCUUUUCGACCAAAACACUGAGGAACCAAGCAGGUUGUUGACAACAACUGUGCAAGAAGCUGUGACAGCUAGCCCACUUUCUCAGCGUAUACCCAGCAAUCUCUGAAGCUAUACCAAGUCAUCGCUCACCUGUCCAGUAGACAGGCCGUCUCAAUGCAUUACAGAGGACCGAAAACACCGAGGGGAUCAUGGAUGUGUCCGAUUUGUUUAGUAGUUGCAGAAAGGGCGACAUUUGUAGAGUCAGAUACCUUGUUGAACAAAGAGAUGUGGACCUUAAUGUAAGAGAUAAAUGGGACAGCACCCCUUUGUAUUACGCCUGUCUCUGUGGUCAUGAGGAGCUGGUCCAGUACCUGUUGGCUAGUGGUGCCAAGUGUGAAGCCAACACGUUUGAUGGCGAGAGGUGCAUGUACGGCUCCCUGAAUGACUCUGUUCGACGCCUGCUUAAGGACUAUAAGUGUGUCAGUGUCCGUGCUAUGCAGCGGGAUGAUUUCAACUAUUUCCUGCACAUGUUAUUGGAGCAGGGUCAACACAGCGACGUCAAGUUCCUGGUUCAUGGACAAACAUUUCCAGCCCACCGCUGCGUUCUCAGUGCACGCUCCGAGUACUUCACUGAAAUGUUUGAGACCAAAUGGAAAGGAAAGAACUUGAUCACCCUUAAACACCCUCUGAUCAACCCUGCAGCCUUUGGAGCCAUCCUGCAGUAUUUCUAUACAGGACGGUUGGAUAUUGAUAUAAGCCUCGUGGAGGACUGCAGACGACUUGCUAAACAGUGCAAGAUGGCAGAGUUAAUAGAGGAGCUGGAGAGCAAAUGCAAACAGCUUUAUGAAUUUGUGUCCAACAAGCCAGGAAUCUGUGUGAAGGUCCUGAGCCUGGAGCCUCACACCUGCCAGCUUCAGGAGGAGAUGGCUCAGUUAGCAGACUGUGCACUGCCCACUGAACUAAGAGUCGGAUUUGGGGAACUUCCCUUUAACAGAGUCGACCGCUUCCCUACUUAUCCUGACAUCUGCUUCAGAGUCGAUGGUUACGACUUCCUGUGUCAUAAGGUGUUUUUCUGCGGGCGGAGUGAUUACUUUAAAGCCUUGCUGGAGGACCAUUUCAGUGAGGGAGAGCAACUACAGUCCCAGCCCAGCACCCCAGUGAUAACUUUACACAACAUCUCCAAUGAAAUCUUUAUCCACAUCAUGUAUUACAUCUACACUGACUACACAGAGCUAACGACAGAGAACGUUUUUGACGUGCUGUGUGUGGCCGACAUGUAUCUGCUGCCUGGGCUGAAGCGUCUGUGCGGGAAGACGCUUGGCAAGACCAUAUGUGAGGACAACGUCCUGUGCAUGUGGAAGACGGCCAAGCUUUUCCGUCUCUCUCGGCUGGAGGACCAAUGCACAGAGUUCAUGGCCAAGAUUAUUGAGCGGCUGGUGGAGCAGCCCGAGUUUGCCGAAAUCAUCAAAGAGGAUGCCGCGUCGCUGGAGGAGCGACAUGAGACCGACUCUGUCCCCUUGGUGGACGACAUCCGCUACCACAUCGCCAGCAACGUGCAGACAUACAGCGCCAUUGAGGAGGCCAAUCAGAAGCUGGAGGCCUUGGAGGAGCUGCUGUCCAGCAUUAAUAUUGACUGUUGAAAGGGCCGGUAGGUUGUGGUUCAUGGCUGCAGCUGGGGUUUUCUUUUCUUUGGCAGGGGACACAGGAUGAUGCAUUUGAAGUGAGAAAAAAAUAAGAGGUGAAGAGAAAAACAUAUGCUUCUGUAUGUUUGCAGGUUUUAUUUUAUUUACAGUAUAUUGCACAGAAUAUAUAUUUUGAAAGGAGCUGGUUUUGAUGUUACAGGGGCGUAUUCAGAGACAGCUGUUUAUGUUGGCUGUUUAAAGUUGGUUUCUGUGAGACAUACCAAAUGUGGGAGAAGAUAUUUGGUAUCAUGUUAGCUGGUGGAAUUUAGACUAGCUGUUUAUUUAGUUGUUUUAAAAUGUAGUUUGGGCCCAGCAAUGUUCAGCAGUCCAUGAACUCCAGUGAACUUGAUGAAAUUUUACUAUGAUAAUGAAAGAAAGCAGAAUGCAGUCCACAAGACGCACUGGCACUGGUCACAUUUAAAAAGAGAUAUGCGUUCACUUCAUAUAGCCGGAAAAUAUUUUUUAAUUUUGAACUUUUAUUUUGAAGUUACAUAGAAAAUAGAUUUAUGAUGCAUCUCAUGCACGCAAGCAUUUGAAGGUAUUGUUGAACUGCCUACUUUUAUUUUGUGUUUGGCUGGAUUUGGCGGCUGUAGUUCACCACACUGUUUGACCAAUAACAUUCCUCUAGCAUGAAUACUGAAACGCUCCGACCCCUCUGACAUACUCCUGCACUUUGUGUACAUUUAAAAUGAUACAUCUAUUACCAGCUGCCGUGUAUAACAGAACCUUCGUUUGCCCCGUGUGUGUACAAGAAAAUAAAGCCUUUACUAAACUGUCUGCAUGUAAAAAUUCAACACAGCAAAAUAUUCACAGAUUUAAUUUCAAAAUGGUGAUGUUAUCCAUUUCCCAGCCUUCUGUUAGAACAGUGGAUAAAUAACUGCUUUUGGUUAUGGCAAUUAAACAUGGUCUAACAAGCAUAA